AUGAAAUAUAACGAUUGCAAUGACGUAUUUUCCGUUUGUUUGAAAUUAUACGAGCGUAUGGAUGAUAUAUUUUUCAAUUGGCCAAUUGUUACAGUAAAACAGUUAUGCCCAGUUCAUUCUGCUAUUUUGAUAUUGAAAUCGGAAAAAAUUACACUGGUAGGAUAGUAUUUGAACUCUUUUCAGAUACAGUACCAAAAACUGUGGAAAAUUUUGUGACUUUGUGUACCUGUGAAAAGGGUUUUGGUUACAAGUAUUCUAUAUUCCACCGUAUUGUACCAGGUUUUAUGUGUCAGGGAGGAGAUUUUGAGAACGGUAAUGGAACAGGUGGUAGAAGUAUUUACGGUCCUCGAUUCCCAGAUGAAAAUCUUUCUUUAAAACAUUCAAAACCAGGUAUAUUAUCUAUGGCAAAUGCGGGACCAAAUACCAAUGGUUCUCAAUUCUUUAUAACAACAGUUAAAACACCAUGGUUAGAUGGAAAACAUGUUGUAUUAGGACAAGUAUAUACUGGUAUGGAUGUUGUUAGAUCUAUAGAAAGUGUCGGAUCAGAAUCGGGUUUACCUUUAAAAACAGUUUGCAUAACGGAUUGUGGGGUUUGUUGAUAUUCAUUCCUGUCAUAAAAUAUAAUAACGAUGUUACAUGCUUCAUCAAUAUUAUACCAUUAAGGUGGUAUCAAACUUGCAUUCUGUAUUCACUAGUCACUUAUGCACUGUUUGUUAUAAAAUAUGAGGGCCGAACUAGAUGCCAAAAGCAUUAUAGUGAAGUCUGUACUGUAUGUUUUAUAUUCUAUACCAUCUUUCAACAUUUAUAUUUAUUAAAUUAUGACACAAUUAUAUGGAAUGAAAAAUACCUGAAGAAUUUAUUUCAGCGACGUUUCGACAAGAGUAUUCUUUGCUUGAUAAAGAUAGGAGAACCCGCGUUGAAACGUCGCUGAAAUAAAUUCUUCAGGUAUUUUUCAUUCCAUAUAAUUGUGUUAUUCUCAUCCAGUUACUAAAUGCUGCUUAAACAAUUUAUAUUUAUUGUUUUGAUCAGUACAAUUUCUGUUAAUUACACCUUGAGUUAUUGCACUUGCUCACUUUGUUGAAUCUUGAAGACACUCGGCAAAAUUCAGCACCUGAUCUACUUGGAAUAUGGAUCAGUUAUUUUGUAAUAUUUUGACAAUAUUUGCAAGUUCCCCACAAACAGUGUUUAGUCGGCAUAGUAACUAAUUUACGUUAGUCUGUAGGCUAAACUUAAAAGUGAACCACAGUGAUUUACUCCGUCACAGGACUUUCUGCUUGGAAAAAUCCAUUUGUAUUCAUUCCAGAGUAGGUCUAUUGACCAGUCAAAUUGUCUGUAUUAGUAAAUGAUUCAUUUAAUGACAACCUUUAUGAACAUCCCAGACGACCUAGCUCAUGCUGGUGGCUCAGCAUAAUAUGUUUGUUGUCUGGUAACCCAUCUUUACCCAAAGGCAAAAGAUCACAAUGCAACAACAUUUAAUUUAUGAACUGUUCAGAUUACUACUUAUAUUAGCUGCUGUUAUAUAUGUUUCAUUGCCUCUAAACCUAUCUUAAAUAUUGGUUGUGCUGAAACUACCAACAAGGAAAAGGAAUCCUGUUUAUUAUGUAAAAAGCCAAAGUCUUUCAUAUAAAUGAUAGCCUUUACUCUAAUGUUUAUAACUUUAAAAGUUAAUUAUAGGUUAUUAUCUAUUUGUCUUCUUGGCUUUUAAUAUAUGAUGAUCCUAGCCAAGAUGCCAUGAUGUUGCCUACACUAUUUGAAAUCUAGAUUAUUUCAAGGGUUAAAAUUUUCGUGGCUCACGACUUGAUAAUAUGAAGAUGUUAUCUUGCCUUAUUGUAGAAGUAAGAGAUUAUAUUAUCUUUGAAGUAGUGCAGGAGCUGUAUUUAUCACAGAUGCCCGGGUAGUGGAUCUACACUCCCUCCUUUUAAGAAAUAAACGAUUAGGAAAUAUAUAAAAGUCGUAUCCAUAUCACCUUGAAAUAAAUAUAACAAUUUUUGAGAUCUAUACUGGAAAAUAUGCAACUCCAUCAUACCGAGUACCUGUGGUAGUAACUCCAUCAUACCUGUGUGGUAGUAUAAUCUAGAUUAGCAGAUUAGUCUCUUUGUUUUUGAAUAGAACUUGUUCAUGUUAAGAAUUUAUUGGCUGGUCCAUAAAAUUCUAAAACACAUUAAACAUUGUCUUAAAUCCCCAACAUGCCGAAAUUAAAGCCAGAUACUCUAUCAUAUUGUAUUUCCAUUAAGAAUGAAAACAUUUACUCUCUCUUUUCUUUUUUUUAACGUCUGCUUUCACCGAGGAUAUCACAGAAAUUAGGUCUUAUUCUAGUACAUUUAGCGUAUGUGCAGAUGUUCUUUCGGUGUGGAGGAAACUGGUUUAAACCCACAAGAUUGAGAAGGCGCCCCAUAUCUCCAAGCCAUAAAGUGCUACAUUGGGGGAUAAGAUGGGCCUCCCCGAGAAAUGUUUUUUCCUGUUAGUAUGGCAACUUGAAAGUUGUCAAAUAUAGCCUUAUUUAUGUGGUUUUACAACCGAAAACCAAAUCUUUGCCGACUUGAACUUAGCUUUCUGAAGAAUUAAUGAAACAAAUAAUAAUAAUGUUAGAGAAUUCUCAUUAAGUGUCCACAGAAACAUGGCCUGCGAAGCAAAUAAUGAUGAGCCUAAAAUAAUCUUGCGCAUAACGCAUAGUGACUACUCGAGAGGUUUAUCACAUUGAUUUUAAAUGUUUUAAAUUUUAUUUCAUUAGUCAAUUUGAGGAAAUUACGAUUCCUGAAAAAAUGAUUAAUCAAAUAAUGAUCAAUGCCCCAAAUAUGUUGCACAAAGAAGAGUGUCUCUAGACAAAAUAUAUUAAUCCAUAGUCAAUUCAGUACAAAUCUGCCUGGUUCAAUUAAAAAAAAGUAAAAUUUGUGUUUUAUUAUCAUGUACAAGUCAUCGGAUGUCAGGCACUUUAUAUUGCCGACUAGUAGAUAUUAAUUUUGUUUUUUUCGCUUUGCCUAUCUACCUGAAAAAUUUGAUUGCUCGAAAGUUAUGUGGGUAGGGUGCCCGUAAAUGUCCUUAGCAGUGGGAGGAAAAGGGAAGACCCAGAGGUCAAUAUCAGACCUUAUGAUAUCCAAGCUUACACAUAGACUAUUUGGCCACCCCUCCCCCCCACCCCUCUAUCCUUAAAUCUUUAAAUGUGAAAUAGUAAAUACUAUUGAAAUAUAUAUGUAGACUGUCUGGCUUGAUAGACUUUAAUACUACAUAAGGUUUUAAUUUUAGGAGCUAUAUUUAUCUUAUCUUGAGCUUAUUUUGAAAUAACCUAGUACAAUAGGCAUCUGAUGAAUAAAAGAGGAAAUGGUAACCAAAUCUACACUGCAUAGUUGUAUUUUGUAUUAAUCAGUAAAAAAAAAGGAAAACUUCAAUUUUUAUUUAAGGUUGUUUAAUGGCUCAGUAAACAAGAUAGGGUUUGGAUCGGGUGUAAUCAGCCACCUCAUGCAUUUAUAUAUUCAAUACUAAUUUAUUUAGUACUAAUAUUAAAGAUGCAUUAUGUAAGAGCUAAAUCUAAAUCAAGUUGUUUUUUCUUGCUUCAGAUCUUAUAUAAAUGAUUAUUUAGAUAGCCAGCUCUUUGUCUAAAUCUUAUAAAGUAUACAUAAUGCAUCUUUAAUAUACCGUAGUAUGUCCUUGGGAGGGGUGCAGUGUAAAAAUAAGUUUUCAACUGUGACCACGGGGGUUGGAUUAAGGUUAGCAUGUGCACGCUGUAUCACACGGUCUGUCAUUGAGUCAACUGGCGUGGUUUCGAUUCCUGGUUGUACGUGACAAGGAGUAGGGUCGCCAGUCCAACCUCAUAGGUAUUCUCCGGGUCCUCCGGUUUCAUCCCACUGCUAAAAAAAACUACGCGCAAGUGAAUUAUUGAAAUAAAAUUGAACCAUAUGUUAGUCCCAAAAUGACCUAGUUUGUGUCGAGUGGACGUUAAACCCCAUUUCUCUCCCUCUCUUUGUCUAAAUCUUAUAAAGUGUACAUAAUGCAUCUUUAAUAUAGUAUGUCCUUGGGAGGGGUGCUGUGAAGAAAUAAGUUUUCAACUGUAACCACCAUUUUAUCUCUAAUUAUACUGCUGCCGGCAUGAUAUAUCAUUGAAUGGAUUUGCAAAUUGAAUCGUUAGACGCUGAAUCAAUGUAUUGUGAUACUUUUUUAUGGUUUUCUUUUGUCCAUUCAGUAAGUAACCUGUCCCUCUUAAUUAUCCACGUGACACAUUAUCCAUAGGUACCCAAACACUCUUAAAUUGUUUUGAUCCAUUCAGUAUCGUGUUAUAAAACAGUUUUAUUGGCUAAAAAUAUCAAUUAUUCAUUUAUUCAUUUUCUUGACCGGGUUGUGAAUCGUGAUACGAAUCGUAUUGUAGCACCUGAAUCGCUAUAUGUAUCAUAUACCCAGCACUAUAUUAUACUAUUUCCAGUGAAGGAUAGUUUGUUUUUUGGGGAUACUUUACCCUUUUAAAUAUAUAAAACCUUCAUAAAGUCUUAUAUAAAAUGUUUUACUUCAGUGUUAAUUUUAACAGUCUUUCUAGAAUUGUGAUAUCUUUCAUUAAAACUCUUCUAAAUAUUUUGUUCUUUAUGAAAUAAAGAAACCAAUCCGAUAAUUUUUUCCACAUACCACAAUAGGCUAUUAAAUAGGGUAUCACAGACAUGUAACAUCAUGAAAAGUAUAAUUAUAUAGAUAAGCCAAUUAAUUAUUAUUGAUGAUUGAUUAUAUUCUAGCUCUCUUAGCAAUAUUAAAAAAAUAAUCUUGGCAAUUGUUUUAUUUUAUUCUAAAAUGAAAAUGGUUACUCUGUACAUACAUUUAUUUAUAACUGAUAAUGAGGUUAAUACCAUAAGUCCCAUAUUUGUGUGAAAUUUUAUUUUUUAUCUAUAUAUUGUUGCCUAUACUAUUCUGCCUUAAUUACUAUUACAGCUGGUUGUAGCAGACUAACAGUAUACUGUUAGUGCCAUGAUAUAUUGUUAUUUAUUUGCUUAUCUGAUUACUUCCUUUUACCUCUGCCAAAAAUUAUAAACAUAUUAAAGGAAAUGGUCCACUGUAUUUCUGUAUUCUAGCAAUAGACAUUGAUAACAAUAACAGCUAUACAAAUCAACUUUUGAAAAAUUCCUGGGCACCCCUGUACAGGAACAUCAUAAAUUAAGGAAUGGGUUUGGGAGAGUAAAUGGACAAUUCUAACUAUUUAUCUCCUUGUAGCACAAAAUGAAUAGAUUUGACUGAUCCUCUCAGACAUCGAUAUUUACUAUUUAUUAGCUGGGGGGGUGCCAUAUUGAAAGGUCUGGUGAACACAUGUCAUGACGGACACAUUAAAAUCGUUUAAUCAAAUGACACAUAUAAAUAUAGCCUUGAUUAUUUAUUUUCAAAUAUUGCUAACAGAAUUAAGUAUAAAAUUUACCAAUUUAACAUGGAUGACGUGAAUAUUUUAGAAGUUGAUUUAGCAGCAGUUAUCAUUAUUUAUCACUGGUAGAAUAUAGAAACAGAUAGGGCCAUGUCCUUUAAUAAUGGCUUGCCUUCAGAUCAAAUAUUUCAAUGUGACAGAUCAAAUUUUUAAAUACUUGUCAUGGAUAUUUUUCAUAAUUCUCAUAUUUCAUUUUAUGUUAAAAUUGUUCACGUUCUUGUUGAAUUUAAAACCUAAUGCACUUGACACUAGAAAGAGUUGAAAUAUAUAUUUAUUAAUAACAACUGAAGGGUUGCAUUUAAAUAAAGUUUUUUCCUAUGCAAGACCAUGUUAAAUAUGAUGCUUCACCGAAACAUUAUUUAGAGUCUGUUCAAGCCAAGGACUGUUUGUUUCCUACAGUCUGAUUUCUUGUUGGCAAAAAAUUCACACCCUACAGAUACAAAUAAUCUUUGUUUUACACAUGCCUUAAGCUUUCCAAUAUGGACAUUGAUCCAUGGUGAUUUUGUAAGUAUAGAGGCCAUACCUAUUUGAACAAGGUCAAGGUCAGGAUGUUCUCAACUCAGGUGAUCAGUAUAUUAAUUCGCUUGCCCUAAAUAACCUAUUUAUUGUGCUGUACUGUACACCACUUGAACUUGCAUAAUUUGUAAUCCUGAAUGACUGAUAUUUAUUUUCAUGAUUUGUAACUAAUGGUAGUUACUAACUCAUAUGAUAACUUUUAAAACAAUUGCAGUGCUACUUUUAAAACAAUUGCAGUGUUUGGUCUGUUAUAGUCCUAAUUUGGAAGUGAUUCCAGAAUCUAUCCACCAACUAUAGAAAUACCAGCCCUCUUAAUUCACUGUACAUCCAAUAAUGUGGACAGGAGACAGGCCCUGAGUUCACAAAGCAUUCUCAAACUUAAAGAUGGGAGAUUUUUAUAGAGAGUUGGCCAUUCUUGCUAUAACAGUUCAAAAGUAGAUGAUGAAAGUAGAAUAUAUUGAAAAAUUCAGUCAAAUUACUUUAUUCUGAACAUAGUUAUCAUCGUUGUAAUAUUUGCCUAGAAAUGGUAGCGAAAUGUGUCUUCACCUUCGCCGAUCGUUUGAUUGACAGGUGUUAACUCCACCUACAUAUCUCGAUUAUCAAGUAAAGUUUUCGAUGGCAUACGGAAAUGCUUUACAGCGGCCUCGCUAAGUGCACUCUAUCAUUUAGCCUCGAUCUAACUGACGUAUUUUCAUCAGGUUACCCCUUAUUUGAUUUAAUCAAUUAGUGAAAUCCUAUUUAAAUCCGAGCUGUAGCCGAGCCAUCCGUGGGUCUACAGAGUUGAUUUUGGUCUUGUUGUUUAAAUAAAGAUCUAAUUUAUAAUUUCUAUAACAUCUGAAGCCUAAAUUAAGACUUGCAAUAAUCAGAUUUAGCUCUUGCAUAAUGCAUGUUUAAGUUAAGAAUUUACUCAACUUUCAAUCACUGUUUAUGAGAAAUAUCUUUGAACCAGAAACACAAAACUUUGCACAUGGUUUCUUAUUGAUGUAUUUCAUACAUUAAAAGAAAAGUUUUAUAAAGGGCUAUAUUUUAGUUAAAAUAAGGCAUUCACUUUUGAGUAAAUUCUUAAGUCUGAGAAUGCUUUGUGAACUUGGGGCAAGAUAUGAUAUUGCCCUAAUUUGUGUAUUAUUGAACACAUGUAAUUUUGUCGCUAGGUUGUGGAAAUUUUUAUCAUUCAGUUUAUUCCAUGGUUCUGUCAUAAUUGAUAAUCCAACCCAAACUGAAUAAUGAAUCUAGUCAGAAAUAAAACUUUUAUAUUCUUUGCUUUUUAUAUGUUAAAUUUGUGAUUGAUUUUUACAGUAUUGUUUCUUGCUUUUUUUUUUGCUUCAUUAUUUAUUGUAAUGAUAAUAAAAAAAUAAUUUUAA